AUGAAAUCAAUCACUAAUCUAUUAUCCUCUUUAGUUUCAAAGUAACAUACACCAUUUGUAUAAAAAUUGAAUAAUUGUUCCUUAAUGUAGAAUAAUCCAAUCAUUUUAAUGACAGAUAUAUUAUAUUUAAUAGAAUGCUUUGAAGGAUUUGGUCCAGAAUGUAAUGGAAUUUAUUUGACAGGAUAAGAAUAUUUGUAAUAGUUUUUUAAAGCAAUAACAAAUAAAUCAUUGAAUGGUUUUAUUGCAAUUAAAAUUACUUUAACUAUCCAUUUAAUUCUGUAUGAAUUUUAAAUUGGAGAUUGUAUUGCAGAUGAAAUGGUAAAAGAAGGGUCAUCAAUACGAAUUUAAGAAAAUCAAUAAUUUAGUAUGUUUGUUUAAAACUAUUUGAUGUAUUUAUUGAAACUAGCAUAAAAUUUAAAAUUGUUUUAUGCUUGUAAAAUAGGUUAAUAUCCAAUUUUUGAUUAAGAUUAAACAUAUACAUAAUGUUCAGAGAAUACAAGAGAUCAAUAAUAUCAAUAAUUUUAAAUAUUGAAAAAAAACAAUAAUUUCAGAGAUACAAAUUUAUAGUAUCGAAAUUAUUAACAAAAGAAGUUAGAAUUACAUAUGUAAUAAUAAACAGGAUGUAUAUCAAUAGAAUAGAAAAUUUUAUAUCUAUUUAAAUUACAUAAUUUAUUAAAUUAAUGCAUUUAGAUUUUAAAUUUAUGCAUAAAUACUCUAAAACAAUUAGAAAAUUAAGAUUCCAAAAACAUAUUCAUAGAAAUUAGUUGUGUUUUAUGGAAUGAUUGUAUGGUUAUGUAUAAAUUUGCUACAUAAGAAGUAUUAUCAUCAUAUGAUAAUUUUAGUUAUGCAAGUUACUUGAUUCUUUUAGAUUCAUGCCCUUAUAACAAUUGCUUUCAAUUUAACAAAUAUAUUGGGUAACUAUAAACUCUUCAACUUAAAUUAAAUAUUUAUAUAACAAUAGAAAAUAUUUUGAUUAAUAAAAUAUUGUAAAAUUACCAUUUUGGUUUGAAGAAAAUAAAAAACUUUCUUAAGAAAUUUAAAAUAGCAUUAUUGAUAAUAAAAUGCAAUAAAUACCAGAUUCAACUAGAAAUGUAAAUAAAGUAUCAACACCUUAAGCAUAUUAAACAUAAAAAUCACCAACUAAUAUUGCUUAACCAUUCACUUCAAGAAUAGGAAUUUCUUAAAACUCUACAAAAACAACAAUACCUUAAUAACCUUAUUUCAUAGCUAAUAAAAAAUUAUAACAAUAACCAUAAUAAUUAGAAACUUAAUAACCUAUGAGUACUAGAGCAAAAAACUUUGUUGGAAGUAUAUUUUCUGAUGAAUAAUUAACUAUUUCUCCAAGAGAAUCUACAAAAUAAUAAUAAUAAUGA